AUGAUGAUAUGUAUAACUCAUACAUCUGCUUUGGUCUGCUCGGCUUUACAAAAAGCAUGUGGUGGUAAAUGUUAUUAUCCAGUUGGCAUGCAAUGUGUCAAUAAUGCUUAUGUCUGUAAAGUUGGACAGAGUGUUUGUGGUAGUGAAUGUUUUUAUGAUGUAGGUGUUCAUAGUUGUAUUAAUGGAGUUCUUUGUAAUUUUGGACAGAAAUUAUGUGGUAAUGAAUGCUAUUUAGAUGUUGGUGUUCAUUCAUGUCUUGAUGGAGUUCUUUGCAAAUUAGGACAAAAACUUUGUAAUAAACAAUGUUAUUAUCCUGUUGCUCAGACAUGUGUUAGUCGUCGAUGGUUAAUAGAAAAAUAG